CUUGGCCACCUUCAAGUACGGGCAGAAGUCUGAUGCUCGAAAACUGGCUUAGUCGCAGUGCGUGUUUCGCAUUUAGUGUUUCACUCACUCUCUUUGCGUGCGGGUGCGGCCUGAGAGGGUUUUGCAUGUCUCAUCCUCCAGCUUCCAUUGCGGCGGCGAUAAUCAACAGUGUCUAGCGCGUUAGCGAACCGCAACGAGGGCGUGAGAGAAAGAGAGUUAUCGGUUGAUCGCUACAAUCGCGUAAUAUUCAUACUAGGCGCACAGUAGCAACCGAGGCAGUACAGAAAUCUCGCUGCGAAAAUUGUAAAAAAGUGUUAUCACAAAAACCUUUGUGCCGACGAUUUGAUACAAAAUAGGUGCCAUGGGGAAGGAUUACUACAAAACUCUCGGUAUACCGAGAGGGUCCACGGAUGAGGACAUAAAAAAGGCCUACCGAAAACUGGCGCUGAAAUAUCAUCCGGACAAAAACAAAUCACCUGACGCGGAGGAAAAGUUCAAGGAAGUGGCGGAAGCGUAUGAAGUGCUAUCCGACAAGAAGAAGCGAGAAAUGUACGACAAGUUUGGCGAGGAAGGAUUAAAAGGACGUGAGUAUUGGGCGCAAGGGUGCAUGGAAUGGCAAGGCAAUUCCCUUACCGUUACGUUUUUUUUCUCCACAGGAGCAUCGAACGGCACAUCAAAUUCCUCUCAGAAUUUCACUUACGAGUUCCACGGAGAUCCCAGAGCGACGUUUGCACAAUUUUUCGGCUCAAACAAUCCGUUCGGAUCGUUCUUCGAUAUGCACAACGAUAGUUUAUUCAAUAGCAGUAUUUUCAACGAUGACGAUUUCUUCACACCCUUCAGUGGUUUGGGCAACCGGCACGGUCUGGGCGGUGCCUUUAGGUCGCACUCGUUCAAUGUUCACUCGCCACUCAAAAAGGAGAAAGUUCAGGAUCCUCCGAUCGAGCACGAUCUGUACGUUACGCUAGAGGAGAUCUAUCAUGGCUGUGUGAAGAAGAUGAAGAUUUCGCGCCGUGUCUUACAGCCGGACGGUACAUCGAAAAAAGAGGACAAAUGCGUGACCAUAUCCAUAAAGCCGGGGUGGAAAUCGGGCACAAAGGUAACCUUCCAGAAGGAGGGCGACCAAACAAAGGGCAAGAUACCUGCUGACAUUGUAUUUAUCGUGCGGGACAAACCACACGUCUGGUUUCGCCGCGAAGGCAGUGAUCUUCGAUACACCGCUCGAUUAACGUUAAAACAGGCUCUCUGUGGGGUGAUUUUUGAAGUACCCACUAUGACAGGUGAAAAGUUGCGUAUCAGUACAAAGCAGGAAAUCAUCAAACCCAACACGGUGAAGCGCAUACAGGGCUACGGACUACCCUUUCCGAAGGAACCGUCGCGAAAGGGCGAUCUGCUCGUAGCGUUCGAUAUUAAAUUCCCCGAUAAGCUUAGUACGGCGGAAAAGGAAAUGCUUAACAAUAUGCUUCCCAACUCGUAGUGUUAACGCUCACGCGCCACACGUUUGUUUGACUUGUUUGAUUUACCUUUUGUGUUGCAUACGUAGACUAAAUGCAUCAAUCAUAAUACAACCAUUGAAUCAUUUUGUGAUGUGAUGUACUAGAGCAUGCGUAGCAUACCAUCGACAUCGAGCGGGCAGGCCAUUCGAAGCAUUUGUAUAUAGUGCCAUUCUAAUGCGAGCAACAUAAACCUUCAUUUGUUCCAAUGCGAGCGAAGCUAAGCCUUUUUUGGACUUGUAAUUUAGCGUUGCUAAAGAUCGAAAUUGAACACAACAAAAACUCUAUCAAACGAAAAGCUUUUGCACCGCGAUCAUGCACAAUCUUCCGUCAGUUGAAAUGCAGAGUAAUGAUAGUGGCUGUACGGGAAUGGUGGCAAAUUCUCUCGUAGACGUGUAAUUCUGCUUGUUAAAGGUAAAACCAGUAGCUAGGUUUUAUAAUUUACUAAUGCACAUGACUGUGCGUGUGAGCUGGCAGUGCGUUUGGAAUGGAAAUUUCUCAGCGAUAGUGAAAAGAAUCAUGUUGAUACUUUAACAUACGCUAUUCGAAGCCGGAGUAGGGAAGAGAUGCUUAACCGUGUAUCCUUGUUGAGAAGUUCUGUAACAAUCCUUUCGCAAGUUGAGGGGAAUUCACGAAACAACUAAUCUAUGACCACGAACUCGCGCCAACAUAAUAAUAAUAGAAAUAAAAUAAUUAAACUUUGUCAGUUGUUUCUCUUGACAGUAAAA